AUGUCGCCAGAACUCCCCGGUCGCGACCUCCCAUCUGGGAGCCACCAACAUGACACCAAACGAGUCGUGACCAUCGUGGAAGAUGACAAGUAUCAGCAUCCCAGCAUCGUUAGUCUCCCCUCGAACGACAUGAACUCUUGGUAUUAUCCUUCUCAGGAUUACAGCUCUGAAGAAGACGUCCACUCCAAUUCGGUCCGAGGGAACUGGGGUCAAAAGACUCUCGCCGAUGCGAAAUGGGUGCGCAGAGGCAAGAUCGCGGCAUGGAGACCCAGUUUGGAAGAUUGGGAGACAGAGGAGCGUGCACGAAAGCGCAUUAAACUCUUGCUACCUGCCGAGAAGGACCAUUCUGCAUCAGUCACACUACCACAUCUUCGUUCCCCUUCUCCGCCGUUGAUGGCUCCUUAUCCUACUCCGAGCACGCAACACUUCUCCUACACUUCCUUUGUAAUGGACAAGGCAGUAACAGCGUCAUUCCGAUCUCCGCUUCUGGAUGAGCUUGAGAGCGCUACGAACGGCCUUAUUCAAGGCGAAGCAACUUUGCGGCGAGCGUUGGGGAGGCUGUGGCGGGUCAUGAGUGAAGAUCCGGAUCAAUGUUCAGGAGAUGCUUCUCUCGUACCCAAGCGUGAAGACGACGAAGGAGACGACCAAGGCGACAAAGAACGAAGGCUCGCUCGUGCACCCGACCUUACCCCCGUUGUCAACAAGAUCUUCCUGUCAUCUUCUCCUGACACGGUAUUCGAUCCGGCGCAUUUCCCUCAUCCCGAAGCGCAGUUGGACCAGCUGGAGAAGUCCCUUGCUACUAUACGAGAAGUUCAGGAUGAUGGCCGGGAAUAUGUGGAGCGCCUGGAAGAGAUCAGGGAUGGUUUGGGCGAGACACGGAAUCAAAGAAGUGGUGUGUGGGAUUUGAUCCGCAGAAAAGCUAUCAAGGAGUUACAGGACGUAGCUUCAGCAUCUGUAUUAUAG